AUGCAUAUCCUCCUCCUGGGCGCCACGGGGCGAACAGGGAAUCUCAUCCUUGCAUCCGCCCUUUCGAAAAACCACGCAGUAACAGCACUCAUCCGCGAACCUUCUUCGCUAACCUCUACACCCGGCUUGACGAUAAUCACCGGCUCACCGAUAGCCGAGCAAGACGUCGAAACGGCUAUCAAGGCAACCCCAAGGCUCCCAGACACAGUGGUCAUUGCUCUAGCUUCAGUUCGUGAAACAGAUUCACCCUUCAGUAAACCUACUUCGCCACCACGUCUCAUGACAGAAAGCCAUGAAAGGGUCUUGGAAGCGAUGAAGAAGUUUGGGAUCAAGCGUCUCAUUACCAUAUCUGCGUUUGGAGUGGGAGAUUCAAAUCCGAACGUCUGUUGGCCAAUGAGGAUGAUGCUCAACCAUAGUCCAAUGGCGUUUGCGUUCUCGGACCAUAACGCUGUUGAAGCAUUGGUGCGUAAGACGGCGGAUGAGUGGGAGGAGAUCCUUCAGGGAGAGCAUUUGGAGUGGACGCUUGUCAGGCCGUGUAUGUUAAACGAUGGGGAGUUGAGGGAGGCUAAGAUUCUUGGGGGGCAGGGGAAAGGUGCGGGGUUAUUGGCGAGCAUAAGUAGAGCAAGUGUUGCGAAUUUCGUAGUGACUAAGGGUAGCCAACCUGCGAACAACUAA